AUGGGUUCUCUCGCAAACGGAUCGCAGCCUGGCACCUUCCUUUUCACCUCCGAGUCGGUUGGUGAGGGCCACCCCGAUAAGAUUGCUGACCAGGUCUCCGAUGCUGUUCUCGAUGCCUGUCUGGCUGAGGAUCCCCUCUCCAAGGUUGCUUGUGAGACUGCCACCAAGACCGGUAUGAUCAUGGUCUUUGGUGAGAUCACCACCAAUGCUCGUCUGGACUACCAGAAGAUCAUCCGUAACGCCAUCAAGGACAUCGGUUACGAUGCCUCUGAGAAGGGUUUCGACUACAAGACCUGCAACGUCUUGGUCGCCAUUGAGCAGCAAUCCCCCGACAUUGCUCAGGGUCUCCACUACGAGGAGGCUCUUGAGAAGCUCGGUGCCGGUGACCAGGGUAUCAUGUUCGGUUAUGCCACUGAUGAGACCCCUGAGCUCCUGCCCCUGACUGUCCUCCUCUCCCACAAGCUCAACGCUGCCAUGAAGGCUGCCCGUAAUGAUGGCUCCAUCCCCUGGUUGCUUCCGGACACCAAGACCCAGGUUACCAUUGAGUACGCCCACGACAACGGUGCCGUCAAGCCUCUGCGCGUUGACACCGUUGUCAUCUCCGCCCAGCACACUGACGAUGUCACCACCGAGGAGCUCCGUGCCACCCUCAAGGAGAAGAUUGUCCGCAGCGUCAUCCCCGCUGAUCUCCUUGACGACCGCACUGUCUACCACCUCCAGCCCUCCGGCCGCUUCGUCAUCGGUGGUCCCCAGGGUGACGCCGGUCUCACUGGCCGUAAGAUCAUCGUCGACACCUACGGUGGUUGGGGUGCCCACGGUGGUGGUGCUUUCUCCGGAAAGGACUACUCCAAGGUCGACCGUUCCGCUGCCUACGUCGCCCGCUGGAUCGCCAAGUCUCUGGUCAAGGCCGGCUUGGCCCGUCGUGCCCUUGUCCAGCUCUCCUACGCCAUUGGUGUCGCUGAGCCCCUCUCCAUCUUCGUCGAGACCUACGGUACCUCCGACAAGACCUCCGACGAGCUGGUCCAGAUCAUCCGCAACAACUUCGAUCUGCGUCCCGGUGUCAUCGUCAAGGACCUCGACCUUGCCCGUCCCAUCUACGCGCAGACUGCCAAGAACGGUCACUUCACCAACCAGGAGUUCUCCUGGGAGAAGCCCCGCACUCUCAAGUUCUAA